UUUUUCAACUUUUGUCCUUAACUAACAUGCCUAAAACUGAAACGGUAAUAAACUAAAACGAAAUAGAAAUGAGUCCAUGAAAUAAAAACUAAACUGAAAUGAAUGAAACCACUGGUUACUAACUAGAUCUAAACAGAAAUUCAGAUUGAAUACAAAUUUGAAAAUGGAAAACUAUUAUAACCUUGCUGGGAACAAAAGUGUUUUUCCAGGUUCAACAUUUGAGAGAUUUGGCCAGAUUAUCAGUGAAGUAGAGUGAUUAUGAAAACAUAUUGAAAGCCCAUUUCAUCAAACACUUUUUAGUCGUCUGUGUUUUUUGGGGGCAAUUUUCUUCAUAGCACCAGGGUAACGAAAAAAAUCCCAGAGAGAAAAUGACACCAGUAGCAGGAGCAGUUUGAUGUAAUCACCCAGCAGGCAAAGGGUUAAAGUCUGUUCCAUAAACUCCAGCCUAAGAAUCCCCUGGCAGCUCCUCGUACAGGCUUUAAAUACUGAUUUGACAGAUCACAUUUUACUCCCAGGCACUAAGAAAAUAGCCUGCACUGCCGCCUUGCACUCCAACACAACAGCAAGCACGUCUACAAGCUCGUGGAUGAGAUGGCAAAGAUACUGAGAUCCAUGUUUUUCACCAUUAUAUUUGCUGCAUGGGUCCUCUUAGCAUCAGCAAGGCUACACUACCAUGGUGCACAUUCCAGAGAGGAUAUACAACUUAAUGAAGAAGUCUACUUCGAGUCAAGGUCCAAGAGAGGGGUAACCACUCUAACAGACUACGACUCCGACUCCGUUUUCUUGCCGGCUGACGAACCAGAUUCUGGAGCGGGCACCGCUGACGAUCUGCCCACGUGUCUGCUAUGUGUGUGCCUCACUGGAUCGGUGUACUGUGAGGAGGUGGCGCCAGAAAUGACAUCUGUGCCAGCCUUGCCCCAGGAGACUGCCUACUUCUAUGCACGCUACAAUAAGAUCACCAAGAUUACAGCCAAAGACUUUGAGUAUAUUGUCACUUUGAAAAGGAUUGACCUCACUGGAAACCUCAUUUCUGAGAUUGAGGAUGGUGCCUUUUCAAAGCUUGCUCUUCUAGAAGAACUCUCACUGGCUGAAAAUCAGAUCGUGAAGCUUCCCAUGCUGCCAGCCAAGCUGAUCUCCUUCAAUGCCAAUCACAACCGACUCAAGACCAAGGGUGUCAAGGCCAAUGCUUUCAAGAAGUUGACCAAGAUAGCGAAUAUUUUCCUUGCUCACAAUGAACUGGAGGCGGUCCCCCAGAUUCCAGAGAGCGUUCGCGUACUGCACCUGCAGGUCAACAACAUCUCCUCAGUUAGUGAUGACACAUUCUGUAAAGGGAACAACACCUACUACAUCCGACCAAACAUGAACGAGAUCCGAAUGGAUGGAAACCCGGUGGUCCUGGCCCAGUACCCUAACAGCUUCACCUGCCUGAAGACACUGCCCAUCGGACGAUACCAGUGAGCAUGAUUCAAACCCAAAUCUGUAGAAAUGUGGCAGACAUGCUUCCAGUAUUGAGAAGUAUUAUAUGGGCUGAUUCAGUUUGCUCUGAGGUGACUCAAAAAGACUUAAAUUAUACAUUUCACAACUAAGGUCGGGUCCUUUCCCUAUCGUUAUGUUGUGCCAGUCACACAAAUGCUCUCUGAAUUUAAGUUUAUCUUUACAGUUUAUAGACUGGCUUUCAACAAUGACUGACCUUGAACCAAGACAUUACUUAUGUCCAUUGUACAUACAUUCCCUCGUGUUAUAAAAGCUUCUGCUUUAUCAAAAAAUGACUUCACAAAAAAGUGGAGGCAAGCUCUCCCCAUUUCUUAGAAUUCUGUGAAUUUCCUUCACUUGAACUGUACCUAAUUUAAAACUGUUUUGAUGGUAGGAAUAAUGGACAGUAGUAGGCUAUUUAAAAAAUAACCAAGGUGGCUAUAACACACCUCUAAGUGAAUUAUUUUUCUAAUAAUUAAACACUUAGGAGUCCAUUAUUCCGAUUAUACCAUGGCUACUACAGGUACACAUGUUAAUCUGAAAGUAUACAUGUUUAUGUUUAGUCCCUGAAAUGGAUUUUCUUGAAUUGUUUGUACGUAUUUCCAAUACUAAUGAAAUAUCAUACUUAUCAAAAUAAGUAGUUGCUCUUCAAAAUAGGUAGUUGUUAGGCCUGUUAGUUUGUUACUUAGUCUGUGAUUAUGCCAUACAUACUUGGCAUAAACUCAUCAAACGUACCCCAUGCCCAGCUAGCCCCAUUAAGUUUGACAAGAAUAGUGCUGCUAACAUAAACACACACACACACGGCUAAAUAUUUGCUUGCAGGCAAGCCCUUGAUAGCCAUCUUCAUAUAGUGGCUUGUCUUCCCCCUUACUAUUCCAUACAGUGGCUUCAAUGAAGGAGUCAAGUCCACAUUCACAGGCUUACAGCUGGUACCAAAGUACAGUAUGGCCAAUAAACACAAUUCACAAUUGAGACAAGGCCUGGCAUAUAACCCCCCCAACUAUUACUAUUCCUCCACAGAGACAAAGAGUCUGACAGAGAUAUGCUUUUCCUUUCUAAAUACAUGAGCAUCUGGUUUUGCUAUAGUAAUGUAUUAACCUAGGAUUAACUACCUAUGUGAAUUAUCAAAGUAUGCUGUACAGAAAUGCAUUGUCUGUAUUGUUUCAUGCCAUCUUUAAUUAUUUUAAUAAAACUGUUUAAGUUAAGUCUGUGGUGAGUGACUUGUGCAUUUAACUGAGCAAAAUACUGUGUGUUAUGGCUACUGCACAUUAAGUUUAACAGAGCACGUAUAUCUUAAACGGGAUGAAUAUAUUCAACGCUUAGACUUGUGUACAUGCUUGCACGCAGACACACACACACACACACAGACACACACCAUUCUGGAAAAUGUGGGUCAAUAUUAUUCCAUUCUGUUGGCCAAACUGGCAGUC